CGCCUCUCGUGGGAAAGUUGCCUUUGAAUUUCACACGCGCCAGCUUAGUGCCCAGCCAGGGAGACACCUCUGUUGCUUGAAAUGUUGGCCAAAGAAACAUCCGGAAGCACCAGCCCUCGGUAGUGGUGUGAUGAAACAGUCCGUGGCUUUGAGAGACUGUGUAACAUCUGCCUUUGGUCUGUCCUGAGAAGGAAAAUGGCGGCAGGGCGCACUGCUGCGUCACCACUAGGCCUCUGCUUGGGGGCUGUGCAAGAGCAGGGUAUGAAGGGGCCGGAUCCAGACCCAACAGGCCCGGAACGAAGGAAAGGUGUAGCAGGAGGAGGCUGUCCUGUUUUCCCCGCUGGGUGUAUUAAGGAAUUCUGGGAAGGGAUCACUCCAGGACAUGUUAAAGAGGAAACAGACGGAGUUCUGCAACAGCGAUGGGAAACUCAGUGGCAGCAUUUCCUGAAGACGGUGGAGUCCCCACGCCGGAAAGGUGGAAACCUGGAACCAACCCCACUGAGUGGGGAUACGUGGACUGUCUUCUCUGAGGCCCAUCAACAGAAAAGAAAAGAGAACGUUUCCAGACUCCAGCGUAGCUUCGCCAAGGAAGCCCAAGAGCCCGAGGACACCACAUUGGCUGAAGACAGCGGAAAAGUGAAGGAGGAAGUCCCAGACGAGGAAGGGUACGAGGAAGUUAUCCUCGGUGCAGACCCCUCCGCCUCAGACGCGGAGCGCCAGUGCUUCCGGCGUUUCUGCUACCAGGACGCCGAGGGCCCCCGUGAGGCCUGUGGAAUGCUCCGGAAGCUGUGCUGGCGGUGGCUGCGGCCAGAGAGGAAGACCAAAGACCAGAUCCUGGAGUUGGUGAUCCUGGAGCAGUUCCUGGCCAUCCUGCCCACGGAGAUGCAGAGCUGGGUGAAGGAACGCGGCCCUGAGAAAUGCGCCCAGGCGGUGUCCCUGGCGGAGGGUUUCCUGCUGAGACAGGAACGGGGGGUGCUGGGGCUGUUCAAGGAAGAGGAGAAUGGCUUCCCCGGGGCUGAGCAGGCUCCAAUGGACGCCGGCGAAUGGACGCACAUCAGAGAAAUCAAGCAAGAGGAAGGUGGUGAUGCCGCAAUCUUGCCAGCAGGUGAGGAGAGGAUGGAGAAGAAGGAGGACAACCGAAAGGGAAACGCCAGGGAAGCAGAGCCUUGCUGGAUGUUGUCAGGAGAAGCUGAACGCGACGUUUCCUGUGAUCAAAGAGAUGCAUCCCUGAGCCUGUGGAAGGAUCACCUCAAAAAGGGAAAGGAUGACUUUAUUUAUCCUCAGGAAGGCAAUGGGAGACCCACAGAAGGAACCGCGCCACAAAGUAUCCUGGCAGGAGACACGGAAAAGACGUGUAGUCACUGCAGGGAAGCUUUUCGCUCCCAGGCCGAGCUUCUUAAUCAUCAGAGAAUCCACUUGGGAGAGAAACCAUUCAAAUUCGUAGUUUGCGCAGAGAGCUUUCUCGGUGGUGACGCCCUUAGCGCUCAUCCGGGAACACGCGGACGGGAGAAGCCGUACAUCUGCUCGGCCUGCGGGAGGAGCUUCAGCGACCAGGCCGUUCUGACCGUGCACGAAAGAACCCACGGCGCGGAGAGCCCGGAGAACCCGGCAGACUUGCACCCCAAUGUCCCCCGUCACUCGGCGCUCGCUCAGGACAAGAGGGUGCACGCAGGGGAGAGGCCGUACCAAUGCAGCGAGUGCGAGAAACGUUUCAGAACGAGGGCUAGCCUUGUCAGCCACAAGAGGACGCACACGGGAGAGAAGCCGUACACGUGCCCCGAAUGCGGGAAACGUUUCAGCAUGGCCUCCGCCCUCAUCCGGCACAAGAGGACCCACACGGGGGAGAGGCCGUACCAGUGUCUGGAGUGCGGGAGGCGCUUCGGGGACAGGUCAGGAUUCAACACGCACGCGCGGACCCACACGGGCGAGAAGCGCUACUGCUGCCUGGACUGCGGGAAAAGCUUCGGCCGUCAGGCCCACCUGGUCGACCACGAGCGGACCCACACGGGCGAGAAGCCCUACCAGUGUUCCGAGUGCGAAAAGCGCUUCAGCAGCCUGUCCAUCCUCAUCAAGCACAAGCGGACCCACACGGGCGAGAAGCCCUACAAGUGCUCCUUCUGCGGGAAAGGCUUCAGCCAGAGCUCCAGCUGCAUGAAGCACGAGAGGACCCACACGGGCGAGAAGCCCUACAAGUGCUCCUUCUGCGGGAAAGGCUUCAGCCAGAGCUCCAGCUGCAUGAAGCACGAGAGGACCCACACGGGCGAAAAGCCCUACAAGUGCUCCUUCUGUGGGAAAGGGUUCAGCCAGAGCUCCAGCUGCAUGAAGCAUGAGCGGACCCACACGGGCGAGAAGCCCUACCAGUGUUCCGAGUGCGAAAAGCGCUUCAGCCAGAGCUACAGCUGCAUGAAGCACGAGAGGACUCACACGGGCGAGAAACCAUUUAAACCGCCAGCGUCGAUCCAGGCCGCUUUUGCCCCGGGGGAGAAAAUGGCCACCCAGCCCAGAGAUACGUUGGCGCCCGGCCUUUCGCAGGCCGUGCCGGAGAAGGGGACGGGGACGGAAGAGGCGAGGCCGGCAGGGCCUGAGGUGGGGAAGGGAGGAGGGCGAGGCCCUCGCAUCCUCCACAUGGAGAACAUCCGGGAAUUCUGGGAAAGAACGGUCCCGGAGGAAGUGAGCCGGGAGCCCCGUAAGGGCCUGCAGCAGCGUUGGGAAUCCCAGCUGCAAGAGUUCCUGAAGGCCCUGGAAUCGCCCCACUCGGAAGGGGGCAGCCCACAGUCCCUGGGCCCCCUUCCGUGGAACAACAUUCGGGCUUCCCUGACCCCCUUUGCAGGGGCGGGCGAUCCCAGCCAGCGGCCUAGAGGCGAGAGAGUCUCCCAGCUCCUGCCUGGCCUGAGCGGAGAAGCCCACCCGGCUGAGAGAAGCAGCCUGGCCAAAGACAAGAUGGACGGCUGGACGGCCAAGGGGGGGAUCCCGGGCCACAAAGCCGUCAGCUCGCACGACGAAUGCCGUCUCUUCCGGCAGUUUGGUUACCAGGAAGCCGAAGGGCCCCGCGAGGCCUGCCGGCACCUCCGGAGGCUUUGCCACCAGUGGCUGAAGCCGGAGAGGCACACCAAGGAGCAGAUGUUGGAACUGGUGAUCCUGGAGCAGUUCCUGGCUGUCCUGCCCCCAGAGAUGCAGGGCUGGGUCCGGGAAUGCAGCCCCCAGACCUGCACCCAGGCUGUGAUCCUAGCCGAAGACUUCCUCCAGAGGCAGCAAGAGAACGAGGCACAGGAAGAGCAGGCGCUCGACCCAUUUGAGGAGGAAGACUCGGCGGUGAAGGCUCCGUCGGAGGCCUGGCGCAGGCCGCUCUUCGGCGGGAUGAAGCAGGAGGGGGUCGGAGGCGCUGCCAUGUUGGCGGGCGAGGCGAAGUUGUGCAGGACGGAGAAAAAUGACCCGGGCAAUUCUGGGGAGCCGGAGCCCCAUUGGAUGUUGUCGGGCCGAGCCGGGCCGAACGUUCCCCACUGCCCCGAACGGGGGGAUGUGUCCGAGGUCCUGUACGGGAACUGCCUGGAAAGGGAAGCGGGCAAAUUCAUCAAUUCCCAGGGCACCUACGAGGACCUGGACGAAAGCCACCUGCAGCAAGGGAUCCUCCCCAGCGAGAGAGACAACGCUUGCCACGUCUGCGGGAAGCUGUUCCGCCGGCGGUCCAACCUGAUCACGCACGAGAGAACCCACUCAGGGGAGCGGUGGUACAACUGCUCGGAGUGCGGAAAGAGCUUCGUCAGCCGGGCCGCCUUCCUCAUCCACCAGCGGGUGCACACGGGCGAGAAGCCCUACAAGUGCCCCGACUGCGGCAAAGGCUUCAACACGGGCUCCAGCCUCACGCGCCACAAGCGGAUCCACACGGGCGAGAAGCCCUACAAGUGCCCCGUCUGCGGCAAGCGCUUCAACGACUACUCCAACUUCAUCGUCCACAAGCGGAUCCACACGGGCGAGAAGCCCUACGAGUGCUCCGUCUGCGGCAAGCGUUUCAGCGACAACUCGAACUUUAUCAAGCACCACCACUGAGGGCCGAGAGGCGGGUCGCGCCUCCCUUUCUUUCUCCUUUUUUUUUUUUUUAAGGAAACAAAAAUCCUGGUUCAGAGCAGCAGAUCAACGUAACCUAGCGAGGCGCCCAGGAAACGUCUCCUUCGCCACGACGAGUGUUUGUGUGCGAGGGCCGUGGCGAAACUACAGAUACCGUGCAGCCUAUGUUGCCCUUCUAAGCAAUUUGUUUGACUGGGGAGGUGUUUUGAAGAGGCAACGGGAGGUGGCAGACCCAAGUUGCCCCCCCCCACAUCUAUUCAAGUAGCUAGCUUCACACCCCCUCCCCCAAAUUCACACCGAUGUCUCUUUCACGGCCUGCCAAGUCAGCCAUUCCCUGAAUCCUUCGCACAAGCAUCACAAAACCGAGUCAAAACGAAUCCUAGCGCCGGAGGGCGCC